AUGACACCUUACCUAAUUCUGUGUUAUAUUGGAUGCUCCCUAGGAAAGUUUAUGCAUGAUUCUGGAUCAGACUAUGCUUUCGUAGACUUAUCUAAUGUCUUAGAACAUAAAACCAGACACAAAAGACAAACUGAUGAAGCUCCGUGCGAUUUGAAGGAAGAGCUGUUUCUUCCUGUUUCUUAUAAAAAUCACAAGAAAACAUUACAACUAAAAAAGAAUGACCAGUUUUCUCCAGAAACUAUACCACUGCUGAUACAGGAUGAAGUCGGGUAUCUAGUAAAGAAGAAAAAAGUAAAAAAGAAUGAGGUGACAACACUUUAUUAUUACGAGGAGGAUGGACUCAGAUUUCCAAUCAUGGUAAAAUGUCGGUUUAAAAAGGACUGUUCAUCGUCUAGAUGUGAAAUCACCGGAGACUUAUUAACAAAUGAUAAGCUAAUACAAAUACUUGGAUCUGCUGCUGACAAGAAAGCUGAAUAUGAUAAAGCACUAGAUGAAGUUCCCCAUAAUGUUGACUAUCUCGGUGGAGAGGAAGAUAAUCUUCCUACUGGAACAGACGAACCGCGAGUACCAGGUUUAGAUGCAGAAGGCCAUCCCGAUGCCAAGCUACCACCUGUGUUAAAAGCAAAUAAGAAAUUAAAAAUGGACGACAUAUUAUCUGAGGAGGCAAUACAUAAAAUAGCAAAUGAAAAACAGAAAAAUAAUGGAAAGAGAAAGAAAAGACAAACAGAAGGACAUCUAUUUAAUGAAGAAGAAAACGUUAUAGAUUUGUUGUUGACAAACGAUUUUCAAUUUUAUCAACAAUUUAGAAAUCUGGAUGGCAUUGAGAAGACGGAAGAGGAAGCUGUAGCAUUGAUGGUGGAACAAGUAGCAUUUUACGCCAGUUCGAUGGAUAAUAUAUUUUUCAACAUUAGAAAAUAUGCACCAGAUGUUAAACUGCGGUGUAAUCUUAACGCAAUCAUCCCUGUAAUGGCACACGAGGCCGCUGCAGCAUGGUCAGAUAAUCCAAUUAAAUUAACAGAAACAGAAAUACACUUGGAUGCUGAUAAGGCCCUGGAUGCUCUUGUGAAAUAUGUAUACAAUAACAGUUACCUAAUGUUAGAUGUUGAUCAUGUGAUGGCAUUUACUGGGCAAGAUUUGGUGCGGAACAACACACAGCUAAAGAUUCUUCAAAGAGCAGUUAAAGGAUAUACUUUUUUUGAUAAAGAUGGCAUCAUAUGUAAACAACCUUGGUACGCCGUCUCGAUUGUUGAGUCACCAGCAAUAGGAUUUGUUUCAAGAACUGCUGCACACGAAAUAGCUCACAAUUUGAGGUGUUCCCAUGAUAUCACUCCUGGUUGCUCGACAGAGGAACAGUUCGUAAUGUCGCCUAACUUUAACGCUGGAAAAUCUACAUAUAAGAACAAUCCAUACAAAUUUUCUCCAUGCAGCAUUGAAAGCAUUCAUGCGCACCUUAAAAACCUGAGUGGUUUGAUAUCGAACGAGACCACGUAUGAACCUACAUAUGAAUGUUUAAAACAUCAUUCAGUGAAUAGCGAUUUUACUUUUUUCGACAAAUCUGUAUUAGCCGGACAACGAUAUCAAAUAGACGACCAGUGUAGAUACAUGAUGAAGGACCCUCAUUCUCGUUCAUGUUUGCUUCCCAGUCCUUCGUAUUGUUGGGAUUUUUUAUACUGUUUAAAUUCAAAAGAUGGUUAUUGUUAUGGUGUGUAUGCAUAUAAUGGAAGCCCAUGUAAUGCAACUUCUAUAUGCUACUUCGGCAAUUGCAUGCUCAAGACCUAUAUAUUAAACAUAACAACAACAGAAUCACCGUCUACAACAUUUGUAACAAAAUUAACAACAAUCACAGAGGGACAAUCUACACCAGAAGUUACAUCAGAGAUAGAAUCAACAACGGAGGAAGCUACAACAGGUGAAACGGACUUAACAACAACUUCAGAGGUUUCACCUCUACCGGAAGUUACAACAGAGAAAGAAUCAACAGAGGAAGUUACAACAGGUGCAACUCAACUAACAACAACAGAAGAUCCUAACUUACCACAAUGGUCUCAAUGGACAUUAUGUAGUAAAAAAUGUGACAGAUUAAGGACCCGGUUCUGUGGAAGUAAUGAAGAAUGCAAUGGACGAAUCAAACAAUAUGAAGCUUGUACGAAUGAUUUUUGUGAAGAAGAAGAUACGGCAAAAACAAACAAGACAAGCAACGGCAAUGGACGAGGAUGAAGUUUAACAAAGGAUUAUUUCUGUCAUAUAUACUGCUCCCAGAUAAAGCGUGCUAUUAAAUAGUAAUUUAUUCAAAAUGUGUUAGAAUUUAGUUCAGUUUUACCAAAAGUAUCGUUCAAUAGAGAUGACCGAGAAA